AACUCAAUCAUUAGUAAUUGUGCAUUUGUGCUUUAUUUCCUUCACUAAUAUUAUAUCUUCAAAAAUCACAAAACAUCAAAGAAUCACAAGUAUAUUCCAGGCCAUCAAAUUUGUUGAACCAAUAUCUCUUGACACACACCUUAUCACUUUAUCAACUCACCUCAAUCAAACCGACUCCAUCAACAAAUCACCUGAAACCAUGCAACUCUUCUGCUUCUCACCUGAAUCAUAUCUCAUCCUCAUCAUCUCCUUUCUCUUUCUCUAUCUCUACUUUCAUUUCUACACCACCUCAAAAAACCACAUCAAAUAUGGCUUCAAAAUCUACCCUCUACUUGGAGCCUUACCUGAAUUCAUAUUAAACCGCCACCGUUUCCUUGAAUGGACAACACAAGUCCUCCGCAACUGCCCUACUAACACCGCGGUCUUUGUUCGCCCUGGCAAAAUCCAUGGCAUCAUAACAGCCAACCCUGAAAACAUACAACACAUUCUCAAAACCAAAUUCGAAAACUAUCCGAAAGGCGAAAGGUUCAUCAACCUUCUUCAAGAUUUUCUUGGUAGAGGAAUCUUCAACUCUGAUGGUGAUCUUUGGAAGCUUCAGAGAAAAACCGCCAGCUACGAAUUUAACACGAAAUCUCUACGUAAUUUCAUCGUCCAAAAUGUAACAGUUGAAACAGAAACCAGACUCAUUCCAAUUCUCUCAAAAGCAACUGAGAAAAAUGAGAUCAUUGACUUGCAGGAUGUUUUAGAACGGUUUGCAUUCGACAACGUUUGUAAACUCGCUUUUAAUGUUGAUCCUGGAUGUCUUGGAGGCAACGGCACUACCGGAGCCGCUGCCUUCAUGGCGGCGUUUGAAGACGCCGCCUUGUUAAGUUCUGGAAGGUUCAUGACUCUUUUUCCAUUCUUGUGGAAAAUGAAGAAGAUUUUCAACGUGGGAUCAGAAUGGAGAUUGAAAGAAUCAAUCACAACCGUUCAUGAGUUUGCUGAUGAGAUCAUAAGGUCAAGAAUGGAAGCUAAAGAGUCUCCCACAAAAGGUGAAGAUUUAUUAUCUCGCUUCAUCGGAACAGAAGAAGCUUCACCGGAGUUUUUACGUGAUAUUGUAAUAAGCUUUAUUCUCGCUGGACGCGAUACUACAUCGUCUGCUUUGAGUUGGUUUUUUUGGAUUUUAUCUUCAAGAAAUGAUGUUAAGGAAAAAAUAAUCGAAGAAAUUGAAACUAUACGUUUAAAGAGUGGAUGUGCAACGACGAUGUUUGGAUAUGAAGAGUUGAAGGAGAUGCAUUAUUUGCAUGCAGCUAUAACCGAGGCAAUGAGACUGUAUCCUCCGGUGCCGGUUGAUACAAAAGCGUGUUUAAAUGACGAUGUCUUACCAGAUGGAACUAGGAUUAUGAAAGGUUGGUUUAUUUCUUAUCAUACUUAUGCUAUGGGGAGAAUGGAGAGUGUGUGGGGAAAAGAUUGUAAUGAGUUUAAACCAGAAAGGUGGUUAGAAAAUGAUAAAGAUGGUGCGAGUGUGUGUAGAAGUGAGAGUCCGUUUAGGUUUCCGGUGUUUCAUGCGGGUCCUAGGAUGUGUUUAGGGAAGGAAAUGGCUUAUAUUCAGAUGAAGUCUAUUGCGGCUUCGGUUAUGGAAAGGUUUGAGAUUGUUGCUUUGGAGAAAGAUACUUGUCCUGAACAUGUUUUGUCUUUGACUUUGAGGAUGAAAAAUGGGUUGCCUGUGAAUGUCAGUCUAAGGUAAAGGAAAGUGUACGAAGGUUUGAAGGUGUAAAGUUGUGAAAUGUAGUCUGCUGUAAGUGGAUAGUUGAUGUGUAGAUUGUAGAUGUACACAAAUCACACAAUUGCUGAUCUAAAAUGGAUGUUUAGGAUCAUAAGGAUUUGCAUUUCAACUUUGUAUAUGUAUGGCUGUUAUUUUUCCAUCAAGGGACCAAAUUAUGUGCAUCUUCAAUAUUGUGUAACCACAGUUUAUGGUCUCCUUUCAA